GCGCUGGUUUAAAGCAUAGAUAAGAGAUAUGUAAAUAAUACUAACCCCAACUUACGCUACACAGUUAACCUCUUUAUUUGUGAUUUUGAGAAAUGGAAUGUGGUCCAUUUGGCUUUAUUAAGUAGUUUUAUAAAGAAAGAGAAGUUUAUUUACAUUUUAUCCAGUUAAAAUGAAUACAGUGCGAUAUGUUUAAAUGUAAAUUAUUCGAAUUGUAAGCGUUGAAAUUAAUGACUUCAACAACGCAGAUUGUUUAAACUAGUGAUUAUAAUAAGCAAAAUGAUCAAACAGUCAUUAAUUUCUUACAGAAAUUUGCAAUGUGGAAUUACAGCGGCCGCAAAUAUUUUGCACAGAACAAAACAAUUAAAUCAUGCCUGUUUGUACUGUAGUACAAAAGCUAUUGAUGCUCAACACAUUACCUUUCUUGGUGCAAAACCUAAUUUCUACAAAAAGGAUAAUAUGAUUCGAGUUAAAGAUGAUCCGGAUACGUUUGGAUCUCAUAGUGAACAAGAACUUUUUAAUAGUGAUGAUGAGAAAGAAGAAAAAUAUCUCCAAGAAAAGCCUUUACCAUCUACAAAGUUAAGAACAAAAAACUAUGCUGAUCUAAUUAAAAACUUUAUUAGAAAAAGAAAAAUUCAAGAAGCUAUAGAUGUAUUAGAAAUUAAAAUGUUAAAAGAAGACCGUGUUAAACCAGAAAAUUAUAUAUAUAGCUUACUUAUUGGAGCUUGUGGCAGGGUUGGAUAUACAAAAAAGGCCUUUUCAUUAUUUAACAACCUCAAAAAAAGAGGACUAAAGGUACACCCAAGUAUGUAUACAUCUUUAUUUAAUGCUUGUGCAAAUAGCCCAUGGCCUUUAAGUGAUGGUCUAACAAGAGCAAGACAUCUUCGUAAUUUAAUAAUUGAAAAAAUGUAUGAGCCAAAUGAAUCCAAUUAUAAUGCGAUGAUUAAAGCUUUUGGAAGAUGUGGAGAUAUACAUACAGCAUUUGGAAUUGUCGAUGAAAUGGUAUCUAAAAAGCUGCCAAUUAAAGCUGAUACUUUAAAUUUCUUACUUCAAGCUUGUAUCAGCAAUAAAGAGGCUGGAUUUCGUCAUGCAAUUUUAGUGUGGCACAAACUUAUUAAAAGUGCUAUAAGUCCUAAUUUAUUCACCUUUAAUUUAAUGUUACGUUGCAUACGAGAUUGUGAAAUUGGUGAUUUAGAAGUAACCAAAGAUGCAAUAGAAAAUAUAAUCAGCACUAAUAAGAAAUCACUUGAUAUUAAUCAGACAGACCUGAUAGGAUCAAGUAGUGAACAUACAACUGUUUUAACAUUGCCUGUUAAAUGCAGUGAUGAUAAUAAUUUUCAAGACCUUGUAGUUCCAUCAUUUGCAGAAAAUAGACCAAAUCUGAUGUCUGAGACACCACAUCUAGGGAAUAUUAUAGCAUUAUCUGAAAUAAAGACCCCUCAAGAUAGGUUUCUUUUGGUUGGUGGAUUAUCAGGGUUUAUAGAUAAUAUGAUAAGUUACAAUUGCACACCAGAUAUUAAGACAUGUACACAAAUUUUAGAUAAUAUUCCAAGCACACUUGCUGCAGAAAAAGAAUUACUACAGUAUAUGAGAAAGUUAGACAUUAAGCCUGACAUUGAUUUUUUUAAUAUGCUUAUUAAAAAAAGAAGUUUACGAUUUGAUUAUCAAAGUGCUCGGGAAGUUCUAACAAUGUUGGAUACAAACAAAUUAAGACCAGAUUUAGUAACAUACGGAGUUUUAGCAUUGGGAUGUAAAACUAGAGAAGAAGCCUUAUCUUUUAAAGAAGAAAUGAAUAAGAAAAGAUAUCGGUUAAAUAUACAAAUAUUGGGAGCAAUGUUACAUCAAGCAUGCCACCAUAAUGAUUUUCAGUAUGUUUUGGAAUUGAUGGAGAUUUGUGUUAGGGAUAACAUAAAACCAAGCGGUAAAUUUAUGGAAAAACUUGUAGAAUUUAAAAAAAAGAAUAAGAAGAUAUCUAACGAUAAGAGUAAUCCUGUAUCGGAUAGUGAAUCGUUUAAAAAAGGUUGGAAGAUAUUUAAAAUGAGGUACAAAAGUUGGCUGAAGGAGGUUACCUUUGAUAGUGAAGAUGAAAUUCAUCCAUGGCAGCAAUUUAGGGAAGAAGUCAAGACAGACGUAAAUCAUUACAGAGAUAGAGAUGUAAAAACAAGAUUCAAGCCUCGUCAUUUAUCUUUAUUUAAGCAAAAAACUUCUAAAAAAGCUUCUGUUCGUAAUUAAUACUAUUAGCAAAACAACUAGCUAGUAGGUAAAUAGUGUUGUUUGAUAAGUUGAAAAGUUUAUUUUAAUCGUAUCUGUUAAUUUUUUUUUAUUAUACAUGAAAUAAAAGUGAAAAAUAAAUA